CAGGACGGGCAAGCUGAGAAAAUUGCAACCCAGUUAGAAGGAAAGGAAAUUAAGGCAAGAAAAAGAAAAAGAGAACACAAAAAAAUAGUUCCUCAAGACGACGACGAGGAAAACACAUCCAGGAAGUGUUUGCAGCCCUUCGUUUAAGGUCCGAAUAUAAGGAGAUGUUUAGCUAUGUCCCAAGCAGUGACGACUUCAGGCAAAACAACAGUGUGAUACGUGAAAUGAGGAAAAGAUUUACAGAAAUCUCGAACAUCACGCUUCCAGUCCUUGACGAAUCACACAAUAAUGCAGACAUUGGAGUCCGAGAAAUAGAAAACCACAAGUACCUACUUCCGCGAAAUGUCCGGUACAUAUGCGAUGAUGUUAGUAAUCUGUUGUCACAUGUGUCAGGAGAUCAAUUUGACAUCAUUGUGAUGGACCCCCCAUGGCUGAAUAAAUAUGUAAAGAGACGAUGCCUUGCUCAUGGAAGUCAUCAUGGGUAUUCCAGUUAUUCAUACAAGUACAUUGCAGUAUCCCAUAUAGAUAUACAAGAUGGUCUGUAUGACAUGAUGCCGUUAGUGACAUUCUGCUCUCCGGUGGGCGAGAUCUUGAGUCCAAAGGCCUUAGUGGUCGUCUGGUGCACUAAUAACGCCAGUAUUAUGGAGGAGUUCGUUCAAGGGCUGCACAAGUGGGGUGUUCACUUGGUGGCAACCUGGUAUUGGUUAAAGGUUACCAAAGGUGGGGAGCCCGUGACACCCUUCGCUGCCAGUCACGGUAAACGGCCAUAUGAACGCUUGCUGAUUGCAAGCAACUGUGAGAAAGACAAAGACACAAUUCCUGAUGGAUUAGUAAUAUGCAGCGUUCCCAGUGGAAUCCACUCCCACAAACCUCCAUUAGAUGAACUUCUGAAGAGAUUUUCAUCACCAGAACCAAGGUGUUUGGAACUAUUCUGCAGGAGCUUGUUGCCGGGAUGGACAUGCUAUGGGUUGGAAGUGGUCCGUCUGAAUCAUUCAUUUCUGUUUGAAGAUGAAACCCUGUAAUCUGGUACAACAUUAUAAUUCUUGAAUUGGUUGUAUUUCAGCCAUUAAGCCAUUAUCAUUGAACCUUUAAAUCAUCCCCUUACUUUACCAAAGACUUCUAAGUAUUCUUUAGACAGGUUUGCCAAUUAUUAUUUUU